GGCGAGUGGCGUGUAGGUUCUGUUACUUUUGGUUGGCUUGUUAUUUCCCGGCUCCUGGACUCAUCUUUCAAGACGAUUUGAGGCUAAUUGCAAAUAAUCAAGCAGUUAGAAGGAAGGUCAAAGUUUCUUCUUGGCCUUGAUUUGUCUUCAGCUCAAAAUAAUCCACAUGGCAAAGAGACAUUUUCGGGUGGCAGAGAAGAUGCCUUCUGCAUCCUGUGAUACAUUCCUGGAUGACAUAGAAGAUAUUGUGUCACAAGAAGAUUCAAAGCCACAAGAUAGGCAUUUUUCGAGAAAGCACGUUGUUCCAAAGGUGCGAAGGCGAAAUACCCAAAAAUAUUUGCAAGAGGAAAACCGUCCACCAAGCGAUAGCACUAUUCCAGGCAUACAGAAAAUUUGGAUACGAACUUGGGGUUGUUCUCAUAAUAAUUCAGAUGGAGAAUACAUGGCUGGACAACUGGCUGCUUAUGGAUACAAAAUUACAGAAAAUGCAUCAGAUGCAGACUUAUGGCUCCUGAAUAGUUGUACUGUAAAAAAUCCGGCUGAAGACCACUUUAGAAACUCAAUUAAAAAAGCUCAAGAGGAGAACAAGAAAAUAGUGCUUGCUGGCUGUGUUCCUCAAGCCCAGCCUCGUCAGGAUUACCUCAAAGGGCUGAGCAUCAUCGGGGUUCAACAGAUAGAUCGUGUAGUGGAAGUUGUGGAGGAAACAAUUAAAGGUCACUCUGUGAGACUGUUGGGUCAGAAAAAGGAUAAUGGAAAACGUUUGGGGGGAGCACGACUGGAUUUGCCAAAGAUUAGGAAGAAUCCACUGAUAGAAAUCAUUUCCAUCAAUACGGGGUGUCUCAAUGCUUGUACCUACUGCAAAACUAAACACGCCAGAGGAAAUUUGGCCAGUUAUCCAAUUGAUGAAUUAGUAGAUAGAGCCAAACAGUCUUUUCAAGAGGGUGUUUGUGAGAUAUGGUUGACCAGUGAAGACACGGGGGCUUACGGCAGAGAUAUUGGCUCCAGCCUCCCGGCCCUGCUGUGGAAGCUGGUUGAAGUGAUUCCUGAGGGAGCGAUGCUGAGGCUGGGCAUGACCAAUCCACCCUAUAUUUUAGAGCACCUGGAGGAAAUGGCAAAAAUCCUUCAUCACCCCCGAGUCUAUGCUUUUCUGCACAUACCAGUUCAGUCUGCCUCUGACGGUGUGCUCAUGGAAAUGAAAAGAGAAUACUGCGUGGCUGACUUCAAAAGAGUGGUGGAUUUUCUGAAAGACAAAGUUCCUGGAAUAACUAUUGCUACAGAUAUUAUCUGUGGUUUUCCUGGAGAAACAGACCAAGAUUUUCAAGAAACAGUGAAACUUGUUGAAGAGUACAAAUUUCCAAGUCUCUUUAUUAACCAGUUUUACCCAAGACCAGGAACUCCUGCUGCAAAAAUGGAACAAGUUCCAGCACAAGUGAAAAAGCAAAGAACAAAAGAGCUUUCCCGGAUAUUCCAUUCGUACAGCCCAUAUGAUCACAAGAUUGGUCAGAGACAACAAGUGUUAGUCACCGAAGAAUCUUUUGAUUCCAAGUUUUAUGUUGCUCACAAUCGAUUCUACGAGCAGGUUUUAGUGCCAAAGAACCCCAUAUUCAUGGGGAAAAUGGUUGAAGUGGACAUUUAUGAAUCAGGAAAACAUUUUAUGAAGGGGCAGCCAGUUUCGGACGCCAAAGUAUACACGCCAUCCAUCAGCAAACCAUUAGCAAGAGGAGAAGUCUCAGGUUUAACAGAGGAAUUCAGAAACAGGCUUGGGAAUCACCUGAACACAGUAUCCCACACCUCAGCUGCAAAUCAACGAGUGUCGGCCAGUUCCCGAAUGGUGCUACGAUUGCAAAGGCUACACCGGGACUUUGCGCUGAAGAUGUCUGUGGGCCUGGCUGUGUUUGCUAUUCUUUUUGCGCUUUUGGUCAAGGUCUAUAAUUAAAACACAACCAGCCGAAGCAUCUGUGAAGAAGAAUAAAUUUCUAAUUCAAAUCUUCAAAGAAAAGGAGAGCAACCACAUCAGUUCUCUAAGGGCAAUGAUUUAUACUGGCCUCACUAACGGCUCUUCAGCCACACUCUUUAAUGAGGCUUCCCUGUCUCACAUUGAGUUGGACCCAUUGGUUAUUUGACCUAAAAUCUAAUAACGGCUGCCAUAGCAUAUCUUUUCAAUUAAGCGCCCUUGGGUUUAUUUUUAGCAAAAAAAAAAAAAAUGCAAGUGGUUGCAUUUCCUUUAAAUCACCAGUCUUCAAGUCAGAACCUGUUUGUAUGGUGGGUCUGGUUACCUCUUCCUCAUGCAGAAGAAUUUUCCAUUUUCAAUAAACAUUUUAAAAUCUUAUCUUUCUCUUUAUGCAUUGUUUGGGGCCCCAACAUUACAAAGCUUUUAUUUUCCACAGCAGAUGUGUUAUGGAAAAGUUUAUAUGGAAACCUGUGUUUGGAACUUCAAUCCUUUCGGAAUGCAUAGGAAGAGCCUGCCAAUUAAGGGAUCGUGGCAACAUUUUGAAAAAUCUGAGGAAUCACCCCCUUCUUUAAUAACCCACAAACUUUCAAAAACUGGAUUUGUCUAAAACA